GUUAGUUUUCAAAACAGGAAAGGGCUACCAUGGCUUCCAAGAUGCCAGAAGUUCUUUACUCCUGUGAAGUGUGUGGGCAAGAGGGCCUUACAGAUGAUGACUUAAGGUCACAUAUGCUUUUAGUGCACAUUGAAGGGACAACAUCAUGUCCAUUUUGUGACUUAGGUGAUAUCAGUCCUGAAGAGAUGGUUUAUCAUGUCAAUUCUGCACAUUUAGAUUAUUUAAGUCCUCAGGAUGAAUCCUUAGAAGAAGAAACGUUAAUGGUUACAAAUGGUUUUGGAGACCAUAUAAUACUUGAUAGUCCAUUUGGUAAAUCUAUUAUAGACAAUAAACAUUUAGACAAUCAUGUGCCCGUGAUCACUGUUGACGAAGAUGACGACAAUGACAAUUACAAUGCAAACCUCCAGUCUCCUGCAAAGGGAAACUCCAGCAAUCAGGGAUCACCGUCUCGGUCACAGCUCUCUCUUAAUCUUAACCAGUGGGAUAGACGUCAUCGACUGGCAAGUCCUGGGCUUCUUCGCAGUCCCCUGAUUGAUUCUCAAGUGACACAGUGUCCUCUGUGUGGUAUGAAAGAAAAGUCACCCCAAAAGUUAGAAGAACAUGUGAAUCGAGCCCACUUUGACCUGACCUCACCUUCUUUUCCUGCUGAGACACCUCAAGAAGAAGUCAUUUUUACUUGCCCCCUUUGCAUGAAGCAGUUUGAAUCCAGUCCAGACCUUGAGUUACAUGUUAAUAUUGAACAUAAAGACAUACUUAGCCCAUCAAAGUUGAGAACUCUACCUGCAUUCCAGUCUAACGCAGUCACACCAGUGGAAAAUGAAGAAAACGAUAUUGGCACAUGUCCUGUAUGUAGCAGAACAGGUUUCAACUGUUAUAAUGACCUUGCAGCACACAUAGACAGCCAUUUUUCAAGAAAGUCAUCCAUUGUUACUCCAGAAGAGGGUGGAUGGGAGAGGAGAUUGGUAACAGAUUUAGAAAAGCAAGAAAAAGAAGUUCAAAAAAUGAGAGAACAGCAAGAGUUCUCACUACUGAGGGCUCAGUAUGGGAUGGACAACGAAGGAAAUUUCUCACAGCAGUCUCUAACAAACAUGCAGAGAGCAGUUUAUGCGGGUGAGAUGACAGUAGCAGACUACUAUGAGAGACAGAUAGAACUAAAGAUAGCUGAAAAGAAUGGAAUUGAUGAUGGUCGAUCAUGUACAAAAGGGCUCCUUGGACCUAUCAAGGCUGUGAGUGAAGGGGGCAACAAUGUCCAAGCUACCUACCUGUGUACUACAGUCGAUCAUUAUGGCUCAACCUAUGGAGAUCGAGGCUGGGGAUGUGGUUACCGAAAUAUCCAGAUGUUGUUGAGUUCCCUUCAACACCACACUGGCUAUUAUGCACGGCUGUUCUCUGGACCAAACAUGAUGCCUUCAAUAUCACAGCUACAAAGACUUAUCGAGCAAGCUUGGCGGAAUGGAUUUGAUUUACAAGGUUGUGAGCAGCUAGGUGGCAAGUUGUCAAAUACAAGAAAGUGGAUUGGUGCCACGGAAGUAGUCACCCUGUUGUCGUUCUUUAAGAUAAGAUGUCAAUUGAUAGACUGCCAUAGACCGACAGGCUCAGAUGGGACUCACCCAGAGUUGUUCCAAUGGUGCCUUGAGUAUUUUUCUAAAGCCUCUGAGUUUAAGCCUCCAAUCUACCUCCAGCAUCAAGGUCACAGUCGAACAAUUAUUGGUGUAGAACAGCUGGGAGGCAACGAAGGUGGAAUACGACUACUGGUGUUGGAUCCAUCCCAUUCACCUACUCAAGUAAACCAACUUCUACACACACAGACUGCUCCGACAGCUAUGAGAUUACUUCGUAAACCUCUCUCUAGUAUGAGAGCCAAGCAGUAUCAGAUGGUGGUGGUUGUUGGUCUCAUAGAAUCUGAACAAGAAUAUAAGCAAAGCAAAAUCCUACAAGCAUCCAUUCGUAUACCAAAAGAAUGAGAAUAGCAACAACUGGAACACCUGUGACCUGAUAUUGAUAGUGAUGAGAUUGUCUGAGGAAGAUCAAGUUACUGUUGAUCAUAGUAACUUUUUCACUUUGAGGUUAUAUAGAUACUGCAUUAUCCUUUAUACAGUACUGUACUUCACACUUUUUGAAUGGGAAAAGUCAGUAAGUCUCCCAUCACAUUGAUUGUGUUUCAUGCGGAGGCCUGAAGUGUACUGUAGUUUGUGGUGUUCUUGUCAGGGACUAUGAUCUUGGUAAAACUUGAAGCAUCUUUAUGUUUAUUCAUUAUCUUGCAAUUAUCUUGGCACAAAAGAAUCCUAAACUAAAUUGGGCCAGAGGUCUCUUAUUUUGUUUUGCAAGAGGCAUUAUGGUAAAAAAGAUGAUUGCUUUCUUUAUGUGAACCUGCUGGAGUAAAAAACAUUUAAAGACCUUAAUUAUUAGCAGGGAAGUGACUACAUUCAUUGAAAUAUGACAGGCUCACUGCCGUUAUAGAUUGUGAUAUACUGUAACUUAAUUUUUGUAUCGAUAAUAGCUGUCUUACGAUAAGAUGAAACGACUUAAUGUGAGAGUUUUGCAUUGCCUUCAGCCAUCUGGUUUGUCCCCAAAACCCAAGUAUAUAAAUGAAUUUUAAAAUCAUAGAUUUUCUUCCUGUUAUGGGAGGUCCAGCUGGCAGAGGAUACUUUGCAGGACAAUAUACAGUCAAUAUUUCGUAAUUGAUUGUACUUUGCUGAAUUUGUCAGUCUUGUUUGACCUUUAGGCAUCAUAGCAAACCCAGGCUCAUACAUUACAGCUCAUAUAAAGCAUAUCUUCUGGAAAAUUAAUCCAUUUUUUGGUAAAUACUAGAGGGUACUCAGGCAGAUUUUAUUGUCUGAUUUGUUGAAGUACAAUAUUGCACCUUUUUCCCUUAAAACUGAAUUAAGAUUAUUGUUAGUGACACUGGACUUUUGUGUUGCCUUUAACUUUAGCUCACCUUGUUACCAUCACUUGGGAAAGACAUGAUCUGAUGUAUCCAGAGCAGUUUUAAACUUAUUUUGAUAAUUUACUGUAGGCAUGAAGUUAUAUGAAGGAUUCUGGUAAAGCUGCUGGUAAAAAGAUAUCAUGCACUCUAAACAGAGGAUUUAAACAAAGAGUUAAGCAGGUACAACACUUCAUUUUUUCAUCCAACAUUCCAAUUUUUAUUUUUUUUUUGGAGGGUGGUUACUUAAAACUGGUUUCAAAAAUGAAUACGUAUAUCCUUAAAUUCUGUGUCAGCAGUAUUGAUUGAUAAAAUAUUUUGUGGUAGUAUUUUUCAAGAUUGUAUUGGUAAAUGGAUGGAAAUAGAGAUUACUUAUCUGUCAUCAACAUACAAACUUUGUUAUGAAAUUCAUAUAGUAUCUUGCUAAUGAAUUCUCCCAUACUGUAUCAUCACUUGUUUGGUAAAUAUCCAUUGAUUUAUUUCUUGCAAAAUACUGUAAGAUCAAGCUCUUGAACAAAAAGCAGAUGAUGACCAAGAUUUAAUAGUACGUAAAGUGUUUCCAUCGAUGGUGAUGUCUUGGAAUACAUAGGCAUUUUUAUUGGUGAUAUUGUUUCCUAUGUCUUUCUGAUUAAUAUUUCAUGCUGUUUGAUCCUAAUUUCAAUUGAUGCUGAAAGGCAAAGAUUUUCCCAGGUAAUUUCUGUCUUGCAUGACAGGUUAUCUUCAAAGCCCUUUUUAAAGUCCUGCAUUCAGCUUUAAUAAUGAUUUGGAUUCUAAGUCAUGGAACAACUACAAAGAACCUUUGCUUUCAUUAUUUAGUGCUGGUUAUUUGGCAUGUUAAAUACAGUUAAUUUGAACAAAGACUGAUAAUAACAAUUGCCUCUUCCUUCACUGGCUUGGUGUUCAGGUUUGAACAAAAAGAAUUUAGUAAGAGUAGUUAUGACUUCGUAUCAUCUGUUAUUUUAUAGUACUUUAGUAUAAUAAUGUAUAUGUAUAUAUAUUAACCACAUGUUCAUUUCUUCCAUGGUUAUGUUUGCUUUUGUUAGAUACCAUGAAUUUUUAUCAUUUGUAAUGGAGGCUGUUUACUUUCUGAUUAUUUCUUACUGAAAUGUUUUAGCUUUUGUGUGUGUGUGUUUUUUUUAUUUUUGUUUAUUGAUUAUUUUGUUUUUGUUUGAUCGAAUGGAAUUGUGAAGUUCAGACAAUAAAGUAAGCAUAAAAUUAUCAAUAUAUUAACCCUUAAACGCCGAAGCGGUAUUUUAAAAAUCGUCUCCCGUAUGCCAGCGAAUUUCGCGAGUGAGCGCCGAAGCGGAAAAAUUUUUUUUUUUCAAAAAAUCACAGCACGCUUAGUUUUCAAGAUUAAGAGUUCAUUUUUGGCUCUUUUUGUUUUUGUCAUUGCCUGAAGUUUAGUAUGCAACCAUCAGAAAUGAAAAAAAUAUCAUUAUCAUAUAUAAAUAUUGGGAUAUAUGACAGCGCAAAAAAAAUUUCAUGUAUAAUUGUAUACAAAUCGGGCUGUGAGCAAAACGGUUAAAGCUAACAAGCUAAUUUUUUUUCGUUGUAUUGUACACUAAAUUGCAAUCAUUUUGGUAUAUGACACAUUGUAAAACGAUCACGGCAACACAGAGAAAAUAUUAUCACAAAAUGAUGCAUGAAUUCGUAAUGCACGGACAUAAAAAAAAAAAAAAUUCAAAAAUUCACCAUAAAUCGAAAUAUUGUGCUAGAGACUUCCCGUUUGUUGCAAAAUGAAGGUAAUUGAUCGAAUAUUACUAGACGGUAAGUGUUGUAGCUUACAAUUGCAUUUUUCGAACAUUUCAGUCGAGUUAAAGUUGACCGAAGGACAAAUUUUUUCUAUUUAUUGUUAUUUAUAUGAAAAUAUAUCAAAACUGAUAAAAGCUACAACCAUGGAUUGUUUUUUGUUGUAUUUUACAUGAAAUUGCACACAUUUUCAUAUGUAAAACUUUAUGUAACGGCUAAUUUAAAAUGGUGCAAACAUUACGACAAUCGAACGAAAAAAUUUCUGAUUUUUCGGAAGAGUUACCGCGUGGACAUAAGGAAAAAGUUUAUUUCAUAAAUUCACCAUAAAUUGAAAUAUUGUGCUAGAGACUUCCAAUUUGUUGCAAAAUAAAGGUAAAUGAUUGAAUAUUACUAGAAUGUAAUAGUUUUAGCUUACAAUUGCAUUUUUUGACUAUUUCGGUUGAGUCAAAGUUGACCAAAGGUUGACAUUUUGGCACUUAUUGUUAUUUACAUGAAAAUAUUUCAAAACUGAUAAAAGCUACAACCAUGGGUUGUUUAUUAUUGUAUUCUACAUGAGAUUGCACACAUUUUCAUAUAUAAAACUUUAUGUAAUGGCUAAUUUAAAAUGUUGCAAACAUUACGACAAUCGGAAGAAAAAAUUUAAGAUUUUAUUCGGAAGAGUUACCGCGCAGACGUAAGGAAUUUUUUUUUUUUUUUUUUUUUCAUAAAUUCACCAUUAGUCAAAAUAUUGUGCUAGAGACUUCCAAUUUGUUGCAAAAUAAAGGUAAAUGAUUGAAUAUUACUAGAAUGUAAUAGUUUUAGCUUACAAUUGUGUUUUUUUACCAUUUCGGUCGAGUCAAAGUUGACCGAAGGUUGAAAUUUGGCACUUAUCGUUAUUUAUAUGAAAAUAUUUCAAAACUGAUAAAAGCUACAACCAUAGGUUGUAUUUUGUUGUAUUCUACAUAAAAUUGCGCACAUUUUCAUAUACGUAUAAAACUUAAUGUAACGGCUAAUUUAAAAUGGUGCAAACAUUACGACAAUCGGACAAAAAAAAUUUCUGAUUUUUUUCAGAAGAGUCACCGCGCGGACGUAAGGAAAAUGUUUUUUCAUAAAUUCACCAUAAGUCGAAAUAUUGUGCUAGAGACUUCCAACUUGUUGCAAAAUAAAGGUAAAUGAUUGAAUAUUACUAGAAUGUAAGACUUUUAGCUUACAAUUGCGUUUUUCGACCAUUUCGGUAGAGUCAAAGUUGACCGAAGGUUGAAAUUUUGGCACUUAUAGUUAUUUAUAUGAAAAUAUUUCAAAACUGUUAAAAGCUACAACCAUGAGUUGUUUUUUGUUGUAUUCUAUAUGAAAUUGCACACAUUUUCAUAUAUAAUACUCCAUGUAACGGCUAAUUUAAAAUGGUGCAAAAAUUAUGUCAAAGUGACGAAACAAUUUCUGAGAUGUAUCAUCGCUGAUGCUUUUUAGUGCGAGAAGAAAGAAAUUCGCGCUUGUGCGCCGGGGUAACUAUUGUUAACAAAACAACGCCUUGAUCCGUGAGCUCCCAGUAUCCCCCAAGGCGCGUUAUUCAAAAGUUUUCGCCUAGUAGGCCUAUAACUUAUUUUUCUGCGAAUUUAAAAAAAAAAUUUUUUCGUCGACGUACCAUACGUCCAAUCUGCAUACGACAGACAAUUUUAGUCGACGUUUAAUACAUCCAAUCGGCGUUAAAGGGUUAAUUUAGCUCACUGGUAGCAUAAAAGUAUCAAUAGAUUUAGGUAAUUCAUCAUAAUUGCAAUUUUUAUGUGUUGGAUCUGUAUUUUUGCUUUUCAUAUUGGGCUUGAUUAGAUGUAUAGAUCUUUCUCUCUUUACUGAUAGAGAUGAUCAUAUGUUACUCUCGCAUUAAUUUUUAUGAUACUUUGCAGUAAAAGGAAUUGGUCCAAUAAUCGAUUGGUAAUGUGAUGCAUUAAAUUUGUAUGUUAAUAAAAAGGUGGGGAAAGCAGUUACAAGAUGGUAAAAAAUUAAAAUAGUCAGCCCAAAAUAACCAGGUUAGUACAUGUCUUGAAGUAUGAGAAAAUAUUUGAUAUGCUAGUUUUGUUUGGCCAGGUUUUUCUGAACCCACUUCAGUGUGACAUUAUACACUGCAUAAAAUUUUUAGUCUUGCCACAUAGCAAAGGACUUGAAUUCCUUAGUUUUUUGUUAUGUGUUUUCUACCGUUGGUACCAGUAGAGAAUCCACUAUAUCAAGAAGUACCUCUAAUCCAUACUUUUUGUGGAACAGGAUAGGAAACUACUUAUUCCAUUAGUUGAACAGUGGUAUUUGUUGAAAUAGAGUGUACCAUUGUGUAUUGGAAUUUGUAAAGUUCACUCUGGUAUAAGGGAAUUUUUGGUCCCUAUCAAAUGUAGAUGAACACCUUGAAGUUUCAGAAUUUCUUGGGAAAUUAUACAGUAUGAACUCAUGAUUGUUAUCAAAUAAAGGCAGUUAGUUGAAAAUUACUUUUGAAAUAAAAACAGUUAAUAGAAAUGUAAGAAAUUUGCACUGUUGCCAUUUUGAAGAUGGUUAAAAGAUUUACUGAUUCUUAAUAGAGAAAUCUGCUCAGAUACACUCGUCUCCAGUUUUAAUGGGGUCAAGUAGAAAUGUUCAACUUUUCCUAUUUACCCCUUUGUUGAAUUCUUAAAGAAUUGAUUCAAUAGAUAAUAUCUAAUGUAUUGAUAUAGUACAAACACUUUGAGUCUGCCCCAUAAACUUUUAAGAAUGUUAACUUAGUGAUGUAUUAAACUAUUUAAUAGCAAAAUACUAAAGGGAAACUAAAUUAAUCGAAAUGAGAUACACAUGGCUAUUUUAUUCUUUAGGACCGAAUGGUAAUUUUUUAUGCUGUGUUUCUAUUUUCAAACAUUUAUCAGUUUUUGUUCAUACGCAAAUAAACCUUCGGUCUUAACAAAAGGAUCAUUUCUAGCGCUUAGCUGGAUCCGGCUAAAAAACAGAUGAAAGCAAGAAAUCUUGUGAUAUCUGGCAAUGCAUGCGUAGAUCGGGUGAAGAAUGGUCAAUGACCUUUCACCUACGCCAACGCAUAAGUCUUUUCUUAACCUCCUGGGCGAGUGUAGUGGUUAACUUCUUUUGGCCUUUACCCGGUUCAUUGCCCGUUUCGCUUGUGUUUAGUGUGUGUUUGCUGAUAUUGUGACUUCUUCUGCUCCUUCUCGGCCUCUCCCUCUCCUGUGCCACGGGUGGGGGUGUGCCUGGCGGGCCAUUGGGCCAAGUGGCAGAGUUAUGGGGCUGAGAAGUGGGUGGUAGAUGUCCUUCAGGUGGGGUACCUACUGCCAUUCGACUUCUCUCCUCCUCUGUUGGACAAACCGCAAUUCAGGAAGGCAUAUCCUCCAGAUUCUCUGAAGUUCUUGGCUCUUCGGGAGGAAGUGCAGAAGAUGCUGGAAAAAGAUGUGAUAGAGGAAGUGGUGCGUCCGUCUCCGGGGUUUUACAGUCGCAUCUUGGUGUCCAAGGCGUCGGGAGGAUGGAGACCUGUGAUCAACUUAUCCACCUUGAACCACUUCAUCAGGAAGACACAGUUCAAGAUGGAGACCCUGUGUUCGAUGUUGGCAGCCGUGAGAGAAGGUGACUUCAUGCUGUCGAUAGACUUAAGGGACACAUACUUCCAAAUCCCUGUUUAUCCGAUGUCCAGGAAGUUCCUUCGCUUCUCUCUUGGGGACAAGGUCUUCAAGUUCAAAGUCCUAUGCUUCGGGCUGACAUCAGCCCCUCAAGUGUUCACAAGGGUCUUCUCUCUCGUGUCAAGUUGGGCCCAUGCUCAGGGGAUCAGUUUGCUGAGGUACCUCGAUGAUUGGUUGGUCUUGGCAGUUUCCAGGGAAAAACUGCUGCAGGACAGGGAUUGUCUACUUCGGUUCUGUCUGAAACUUGGCAUCUAGUCAACCAGGAAAAGUCGAACCUCGUGCCUAGUCAAAGGAUUCUCUACCUGGGCAUGGUCAUGGAUAUGACAGUGGCAAAAGUUUUCCCGUCGGAUCAGAAUUUGGAGAAGUUGUGGGUGGUGGCACGCGACUUCCUGUCGGAACCACAGCAGUCAAUUCAUCAGUGGCAGGUUCUUCUGGGAGUGUUGUCUUCCAUGGAGAAGAUGGUCCCUCAUAUGGGCGUCUUCAUCUUCAAUGUCUGCAAUGGAGACUGGGAAAAUUCUGGUCUCCGGCGGGGGACUCACCCCUGUUUAUGGUUCCUCUGUCUUUGGAAGUGAGAGAAGACCUUCGUUGGUGGUUGGAUGGCCAGAAUCUUUCAAAGGGUGUCCCUCUGCGUUCUCUUCCACCGGACUUCCUUUUGUUCUCAGGCGCCUCCCUCGCAGGUUGGGGGGCUCAUUUUGGUGGCCUCAUCAUUUCAGGAGUUUGGAGGACAAGCAGCAACAUAUUAGUGUCUUGAUGUCGAAGGCAGCCUUCCUGGGUCUGAAGGAGUUUCGGGAGAAGGUAGAAGGUCAUUCUGUCGUUCACAUGUCGGACAACACCACGGUGGUAGCCCAUGUGAACAAACAGGGAGGCCUGGUUUCUUGUCAACUUCACACCAUGACCGUCGAGGUUCGUCAGUGGGUGGUCAGCAAUUCGGUAGAGCUCUCAGCCAGGUAUAUCCCAGGCAAACGGAAUGUGGUCAUAGACAAACUCGGUCGUCGGGAUCGGAUCCUAGGCACAGAAUGGUCACUUCAUCAAGUGGUAGCAUACAAGUUUUUCCAGCUUUGGGGGAGACCCAUGCUGGACCUUUUUGUAACUUGCUUCAACAGGAAGCUGGAGAUAUUCUGUUUUGUUCAGUGGUCCCAGAUCCUUUAGCAUUAGCAGAGGACACAUUCCAACAUCCCUGGGACAACCUGGAGAUGUAUGCCUUCCCUCCAUUUUGUUUGAUCCGUCAAGCUCUGAACAGGCUAAUGAGUUCACAGGGUCUCAGGAUGACUUUGGUAGCCCCUCUGUGGCCUCAGGCAGAAUGGUUCCCAGAUCUGCUGUUGUUGUUGUGAGAGGUUCCGAGGGAGAUUACCCCUUAGCGACAUCUGUGUCAGCCCCAUGCGGAAAGGUUCCACCAGUCAGUAGAAUCCCUGUCUCUUCACGGUUGGAGACUAUCAAGUAUCUCCUCUGAGCGAGAGGCUUUUCUCAGAGAACAGCAGGGCAUAUGUCCAGCAGUCUCAGAAAGUCGACCUCCGCAGUUUACCAAGGCAAAUGGGCGAUCUACUGUGAUUGGUGUCGUAAACAGGGUUUUUCUCCACUUGCAACCUAUAUUCAGCAAAUAGCACUUUUUAACCUUCCUCAGAGUCGAGAAACGUUUGACCAUUUCUACCACUAGAGGCUACAGGGCAGCCCAGAGUUUGGUGUUACGUUUUAGAGGUAUCGACAUCUCUUCCUGGGAACUUUCCUUGCUAGUUAGGGGUUUGAGCAGUCGAGUUAUCUUGGAGAGCUCAAGCCUCUGACAUGGGAUGUUUCCUUGGUUCUCAAGAGCUUCACUAAGAGUCCAUAUGAGCCCUUGCAUCACUCAUCUGACAGGAACUUGAGGCUCUAGACAGUUUUCCUUUUGGCCUUGGCAUCUUCCAUAAGGGUAGGAGAGCUCCACAGUCUGAGCUAUGAUGUGAAGCACACCAGGGGUUGGGGGGUCGGUGUCCUUGGAAUUUAUCCCGGAAUUCGUGGGCAAGACCCAAAAUCCCUCUGUGCACAAUGACAGGUUCACUUUGUUUUCCAUUCCAUCACUGAAUGACUGUGGGUGGUGAUGCUCAAGAGCUAUUGUUGUGCCAUGUCCGGGCCCUGUGUUGCUAUCUUAAAAGAACUCGGCACCUUAGACCAGGCUGCCUCAGACUUUUUGUUAGCAUAGGCCGUACGAAGAAAGAGGGGUCUAAGAAUACUAUCUCUUUUUGGAUACAGGAAGCCACCACGUAUGUGCAGGCCAGAGCGCAUGGCAUUAGGGAUAUUGGUCCCUCUCUGGCUUUCAAAAAGAACUUCGCUGUACAUAAAGUGCUGAGCGCUGGUACUUGGUUACGCCAGUCCACGUUCACUUCUUUCUAUCUUAAGGAUGUUGCCCACAGAUCUAUGGACAUGUUUUUCCCUGGGUCCUGUGGUGGCUGCCCAACAGGUUGUGUAACUCAUAGUUGCCCUUAACAGGGCACUUUUGUAUCUUACCUAAGAUGAUUGUGUGGAUGAGAGAAUGAGUGAGUUGGCUGGUCUCCUUUUUUCUCUUGUUCCUUUCCUUCUUCCUUCGGGUGGGUUAAGGAAUAGACACGUCAUUUGCUGGACUGGUCUGAUACAGGUGAGUAAGGUAGUCAUACUGAUAGUGUGGUUGCUUAACAUACUAAUAUCAAAUCCUCUAUUCGGUAGCAUAUGCUCCACUCCUUGGCAAGGAGGAGUUGAGAGUAGUACAAACCCUGGUGUGUUGGUUUGCUAUUGGACAGUCAAAGUUUUCCUUUGCUUCCCUAUACAGUGGUUCUCCCAUAUAUCAUUGUACGUCACUCAGGGUCUGAGUGGUUAGAUAUCAAUUUAUCUAGCUUUUCAGUGGGCUUCAGUCCCUCUCCAGAAGUCAUUUCUUCUGGAAGCUGGACUGGUGGGUAGGCCCCCAGCCGGUUUAGGAUGUCUUGCACCUCCCUCCAAGUAUUAGUCUAUCCUAUUGUUAAGUCUGAAGGUUUGUUCACUUAUGAACAAAUGACAAAUUUUCUAAGACAAUUUGUAUUUUUCAUAGCUACAAACCUGAGGUCUUAACAUUAUACUGCCCGCCUCUAGCUGCCCCUCUGUUAAGACAUCUUGAGUUGGGAAAGACUGACACGUUGGCAUAGGUAAAUGGUAUUUGACCAUUCUUCACCCGAUCUAUGCAUGCAUUGCCAGAUAUCACAAAAUUCCUUGCUUUCAUCUGUUUUUUAACCGGAUCCAGCUAGGCACUAGAAAUUAUCCUAUUGUUAAGACCUCAGGUUUGUAGCUAUGAAAAAUACAAAUUGUCUUAGAAAAUUUGUCAUUUUCGGGGGUUUUGAUCUGAGAAUCCUUAUAUUUUUGUUUAGUUAUAUUGUAUAUAGGUAGUUUCUUUUGAGGGUUUCUGCUUUAUCUUUUAUUUGUAUUGAUCUCUUAUUUGUAGAAUUAAUGAUCACAUUGUAUGUGGGCUGUUCAUUGACGUUUGGAAGUAAAUUGAGGUCUUUUAUGAAAUAUAUGUGACAGCCACAUCUUAUCGCUAUAAGAGAUUUUGGAGGUCAAUGGAUUUGCUUAUAGUACACACUUUUGUCAGUUUAAUAUUCAUUCCAGGUAGAUGUUGCUGAGGUUACAAGGGUUUUUCCUCAAUCUUGUAUUUGAGAAUAAUUUUAUCAUUUUUUAUUUGAGGUUGGAGUUAUGUUUCAUCCAUAAAUGAAGUGAGAAGAUUCAUUGACAUUGAGUAUAGUUUCAGAAGGCUGUGCUGUGAAGUUGAUUUAUUUGCCAUACAUUGUAAAAUUCUUUUUCAUGUGUUUUUUCUACUGGGCUGGGUAAGAGGAUGCUGAAGUUCCACUUUCCAGAAUAGAAAUUAUUUUUUGGCAUCUGCAUUCUAGAAGGGAAAAAGAUGAAUAAAAAAUUUGCUGAAGAACAAUUUAUGGUGCAGUAUAACUGGGAAUGCAUCCUUAUAGAAAUGAGUUUUUGCCUGGUUUGUUAUAAUGUCAGAAUUAUAAUUUUUAUUAUUUGUUAUAAUGUCAGAAUUAUAAUUUUUAUUAUUUGUUAUAAUGUCAGAUUAUACUUCUAAAUACACCUGGUUAUAUUCCA